AGCCCUCGCGGCGCGGCCGAGGAGCGGCCGCCGAAAGGAGCGGUUCUGCUCUGGGGCGCAGCGACGCGGCGGGCGGACCCCAGGCCGGUACGGGGCUGUGCUGGGACGGGAGAGCGUCCUCCUGGAGGGGGGUUACCUGCUGAAGCGCCUCCUAACAACACGUUUGGCACGUUUAGUGUUUCGAGGAAGAAUGAUGCAGAACGUGCACCUAGCUCCUGAGGAAGACGAGGAUGAUCUUUACUCUGGCUACAACGAUUAUAAUCCCACUUUUGACACAGAGGAUUUAGAAAAUGAUACAGCUUUUCAACAGGCAGCAAGAACAAGUCAUGGUAGAAGACCCCCUGUGACAGCCAAAAUUCCUGGUACAGCAACUUCAAGACCUAUAGAUACUGCAUUUGGGUCAAAGGCGACUUUAAAUUCAUCUAUGGGAAGACCAAUGACAGGAGCAGUGCAGGAUGGGGUUGCUCGGCCAAUGACAGCGGUGCAAGCUGCAGGUUACACUAAGGCAGCUAUGAGAGGUUCUUUAUUUGAUCCUCUUGGCCAAGCAAGAGGUCCUGCUCCACCUCUGGAAAUGAAAAAUCCAGACAGCUCAGAAGAGAAGAUUAGGCAGUUAGAAAAAAAAGUGAAUGAACUGGUUGAAGAAAGUUGCAUUGCCAACAGCUGUGGAGACUUGAAAUUGGCUCUGGAAAAAGCAAAAGAAGCUGGAAGAAAGGAAAGAGUAUUAGUGAGGCAACGUGAACAAACUGCUACUUCAGAAAGCAUCAACUUAGAUCUCACUUACUCAGUUCUUUUCAAUCUGGCCAGUCAGUAUGCUGCUAAUGAAAUGUAUGCUGAAGCACUGAACACUUACCAAGUUAUAGUGAAGAAUAAGAUGUUCAACAAUGGAGGUAGACUGAAGGUCAAUAUGGGAAAUAUAUAUUUAAAACAACGGAACUAUUCCAAAGCUAUCAAGUUCUACCGCAUGGCUCUAGACCAGAUUCCUAGUGUCCACAAAGAGAUGAGGAUUAAAAUAAUGCAAAAUAUUGGAGUUGCAUUUAUUAAAACUGGCCAGUACAUGGAUGCCAUUUCUUCAUUUGAACAUAUUAUGAGCUUGUCCCCAAACUUGAAGGCAGGCUUCAACCUGAUUGUAUGUUACUUUGCUAUUGGAGACAGUGAACAAAUGAAAAAAGCAUUCCAAAAACUGAUUGCAGUUCCCUUGGAAGUGGAUUAUGAUGACAAAUACGUUUCUGCAAAUGAUGAUCCACAUACAAAUCUAUUGAUUGAAGCCAUCAAAAACGACAGUUUAAGACAAAUAGAACGUGAGAGGAAGUCCCUGGCAGAGGAUUAUAUCAUGACAGCUGCUAAACUGAUAGCACCAGUAAUUGAGACAUCCUUUGCUGUGGGCUAUGACUGGUGUGUUGAAGCAGUAAAAGCUUCCCACUACGUAGAGUUAGCCAAUGACCUGGAGAUAAAUAAAGCCACUACUUAUUUGAGACAAAGGGAUUUUAACCAGGCACUGGAGACUUUAAAAAUGUGAAAAAAGGAUAGCAGAGUAAAGAGUGCAGCUGCAACAAACCUUUCGUUCCUUUAUUAUUUGGAGAAUGAAUUGGCACAAGCAACAAACUAUGCAGAUUUAGCUGUCAGUUCUGAUAGGUACAACCCAGCAGCACUAACUAACAAAGGAAAUACUGUUUUUGCAAAUGAAGACUACGAAAAAGCAGCUGAGUUUUAUAAAGAGGCUCUCAGGAAUGAUUGCUCUUGCACUGAAGCACUUUAUAACCUUGGUUUAACAUACAAGAAGUUAAACAGAACAGAUGAAGCUUUGGAUUGUUUCCUGAAACUCCAUGCAAUACUUGGAAAUAGUGCCCAGGUCCUUCACCAAAUAGCAGACAUGUAUCCUUUUCUGUGUUAUGAUAAGGGAUGAUGGUUUUGGUAAACU